CCAUAAUAACUGCUGCCACUUAAUUAUCUUCAUUACUGAGGUCAUGUUUUACGUGGGCGCUCUCUCUCUCUCUCUCAAUAAGUCUCAACAAACGGAAUGAAGCUUUCAAAAGAUCUGGGGAGUAAGAUUUUACAUCAAGAAAAGAAGAUAGAAUUACAUGGGGGUGUAGAAUUGUUUCAAUUCCCAAUUCAAAGGGUUUCUUCCUUGUGUGAUUUUCCUAUCAUUUCUGCCCACAUUACCUCCCUCAGCACAUCACCUCAGUCACCUAGAUUUCGUUUUAGAUUCAUAACCCAUUUUUGUCUCUUUCACUUUUGGUCUUAAGAGAGGAAAAACACAAAUUGAACAAGACACCUGAACAAGGAUAAGAUUUGGUGAAAGAUGGUUAGAAUGUUUAUGUCUCUUCAUUUAAUGGGGGGUACGCCCAUCAAACUCACCCUUCUCCUGCACACGCGUUUUCUGUUGGCUAGAUUUUUGUUUCCCUCUUCAGCAUAUACCCAAAUUCCAAAGCAAAAUUCAGGUCUGGGAACAGUUUCGAUGAUCAUCUCUCCCAGGCACCCACCUUUGCAGAAUAAAUUCGCCCCAUCUUGAGAAGGAGUUCUACCGGGAAAAAAAAAAGUAAUUUUGUUGUUAAUUAGAUGAGCAUUUUUCUCUGCAGUCCAUCAAAGUCAGGUGUGCUAUGGAAAUUCCAGACAAAGAGACAAGAGGGUCAGAGUCCCGUUUCUGGAGUGAGACAUGAGGCCCUGCAAGAGUCGCUUGAGAGUGCUUUCUUUUCUCUUUUUCUUGUCCACCUAUGGCAGCCUUGAUCCUCUGGAACGAUGCCCUUCUUUUUGCAUCUUAGCCUUUUCUCUUUCGAGAAACGCAUGCUAAAUUGUGAUAACGUCAUCCACCUUGUCCAUUUUCGCCACUGAACCUUCUAAUAUAAAAUGGAAGAAUAAGUUCCCCUCUAAUCUAAGAGCUGCGGGUUUCUUUUUUUAAAAAUUAUUUAGGAAUAAGAAUUUUCAACUGAAGUAAUUUAGGCAUUUUCAGUUUCUCUUUUAGGUGUGUGUUUAUAUUUAAUUUAGAUAAUGAUAAAAUAUGUUUUUUUAUAUAAUAUUGUAAUGAAAACCCGGUUCUUGAUGCAUCAUUUCCACCAUUCACCUACACAAGACAACAUCAUUAGUUCAAACCUCUACUUGUCCGUUUCUUCAGAACUGCACAUUCAGUGGCAAAGCUCCAACUCCUCUUGGUUUUUAUCAAAAACAAACUCUCAUGAUUCGGUUUUCUUUUCCUUUUCAUCUCUUCUUCUUUUAUCCCUAGAAAAAUCAUUGAAUGUGAAAAAAUAGGUUUUGUUUAUAACACGCGCUUAAUUCCUUUGGGAGAUACAUGUUGCAGUGGAUAUGAUGGACUCUAUGGAAUCAUGCGUCCCUCCAGGAUUUCGAUUCCACCCCACUGACGAGGAACUUGUUGGCUAUUACCUCAAGAAGAAGGUCGCAUCACAAAAGAUUGAUCUCGACGUUAUCAGGGAUAUCGAUCUGUAUAGGAUUGAACCUUGGGACCUCCAAGAGAGAUGCCGGAUCGGGUAUGAAGAGCAGAAUGAGUGGUAUUUCUUCAGCCACAAGGAUAAGAAAUAUCCAACGGGGACGAGGACCAAUAGAGCGACCAUGGCUGGGUUUUGGAAGGCGACGGGACGAGACAAAGCAGUGUAUGAUAAGACAAAACUCAUCGGCAUGAGGAAAACCCUCGUCUUUUACAAAGGGCGAGCGCCCAAUGGGCAGAAAACUGACUGGAUUAUGCACGAGUACAGGCUCGAAUCGGAAGAGAAUGGACCUCCACAGGCAAAAGGAUGGGUAGUCUGCCGAGCAUUCAAAAAGAGAACCACCAGCCAAAGCAAGAGCAUUGAAGGGUGGGACACAAGCUACUUCUACGAUGAACCAAGUGGUGUGAGCACAGUCAUGGAUCCAAUUGAUUACAUCUCAAGGCAGCCCCAGAACUAUCUGGGGCAGAAUUUCUUGUGUAAGCAAGAGAUAGAGGCAGAUAAUUUGAAUUUCAUGCACGCUACCGAACACUUUGUGCAGCUUCCUCAGCUAGAAAGCCCAUCUCUGCCAUUAAUGAAGAGGCCAAGUUCAGUUUCUUUAAUAUCAGAAAACAAUGAGGAGGAAGAUCAGACUAGAGGGUGCAACAACGCUGAGAAAGUCACAGAUUGGAGGGCCCUCGACAAGUUUGUUGCUUCUCAGUUGAGUCAAGAAGACAGAUAUGAGGGUGAUGGCGUUUCAAGCUUUGGAGCACAUCAUAAUUCGGAUAUGGCGUUGCUGUUAUUGCAGAGUAGUAGGGAUGAAGCCAACAAGCUAAAUGGGUUCUUGAAUUCAAGCUCAGACUGCGACAUCGGAAUAUGUGUAUUUGAGAAAUGAAGAGUGGAAAGACGGAAGACUUUUAUGGGUAUUAUUUUCAAUGUUUAAGGCUUAAUGAAUCUUCGGACAUAUAUUUGUAAAAAUUUGGUUGUUAAAUACCUCUCCUUCUCUUGCUUACCCA